UAUUCGAUGGAAUACUUGGCCUGUUUCUAAUCUAUGUGAGAAAUUUGACAACGAAAUGUAUUUACUUAUUUCUUUUUGAUUAGAAUCAUUCUAUAUUGCAUAAUUAUAAUUAUAAACAAAAAGUUGUACCUUCUUAACUUUAAAAAUGAUGCAAGCAUCCAGAAAUGUGGUGCGACUUUUGCUGUCCAGCUGGCAAUCUACAUUAAUAACACCAACAACUGGUUUAAAAACCUUUCCUCCGCCUGUAAAAUUUGGUGAGAUUGAAUAUCCUGAACGACGAAAGCUCAAGAUAAUGGAGAAGGUCCCACAAUAUCCGCCAGGAAUACGUAUUUUUAAAAUGCAAAAGCGAUUGAGGUACAUGCGUGGUCCAGAGAAGGUUCACAAUUUCCUUUUAUACAAGCAAUACGGUAUCAUUGCAACAGGGGGAGGUAGAUUAAAACACAAUCACUUUGAGAUGAUACGUUUGACAAUUGGCAGAAAUAUCAAUCAAGAAACGAUGUUUGCAAUUUGGCGUGUAGAUCCACCCUGGCAACCAGUUACAAAAAAGGGACAAGGGAUGCGAUUGGGUGGUGGUAAAGGUUCCAUAGAUCACUAUGCCACACCAAUUAAAGCUGGACGUGUCAUCCUAGAAAUCGGUGGUCAUUGCGAAUACUUUGAGGUAAAGAAGGUAUUAACGGAAAUAGCCAGCAAACUGCCAUUCAAAGCUAUAGCUGUCAGUCAAGAAAUUUUGGAUGCAAAUGCUGCCAGAGAGAAGUGGAGGGAAGAAAAUAAUCAGCAUCUUUGGACCUGGAAAUACAUGGUUCAAAAUAACAUGCUCGGUUGCCAUAAAUGGAUAUCGCCAUUUGAUAAAAAAUGGUUUAACAAAUAUUUGUAAAUAACAAAAUUGUAAGAAAUCACGUUUUUAUGUUUUCUCUUUAUAUAGAACAUCUUAUAAUUUAUCUCAGUAAAAACUGGGUAAUAAAAUAAUAAUGAAAAAUGAACGAAUA